AAAACAGCCUGCUGCUAAUACACAUGUCAACAACAGCACUGUGUCUGGUCCUGAAACUGUUGGAUAAUACAAGCAAUAUCAUAGUUGGGGCCGUCGCAUACAGCGACUCCGACUGCGGGAUAUUUAGGACAUAGCUUGGCUUAACAGCAGCUGUUACAUCAGGGCAGGAGGAAUCAUGCACGCCUUUUUGAAAGGAGCAACUGUUCAGACCACCAGAACUCAGAAAGACAAGACAGCAGCAGGGCCCAGCACAGAGAAGAAAGCCAGGCCUAUCCCAUGGGUAGAAAAAUACAGGCCAAAGUGUGUGGAUGAGGUGGCCUUUCAGGAAGAGGUGGUAGCAGUGCUGAAGAAGUCACUGGAAGGAGCAGAUCUUCCCAACUUGCUCUUCUACGGCCCUCCCGGUACAGGAAAGACCUCCACCAUCUUAGCCGCUGCCAGAGAACUUUACGGUCCAGAGCUGUACAGGCAGAGGGUGCUGGAGCUCAACGCCUCCGAUGAACGAGGCAUCCAGGUCGUCAGGGAGAAGGUCAAGAACUUUGCUCAGCUCACUGUGGCCGGGACUCGCUCAGAUGGGAAGCCAUGUCCUCCUUUCAAGAUCAUCAUCCUGGAUGAGGCCGACUCCAUGACAGGACCAGCUCAGGCCUCUCUCAGACGGAUCAUGGAGAAGGAGUCCCGCACCACCCGCUUCUGUCUCAUCUGUAACUACAUCAGCAGGAUCAUCGAGCCCCUGACCUCCAGAUGUUCCAAGUUUCGCUUCAAGCCUCUAGCCAAUCAAAUCCAAGAGGAGCGUCUGCUGGAUAUUUGUGAGAAGGAGAAGCUCAAGUACACGAAAGAGAGUAUAGCAGCGUUGGUGAAGGUGUCUGAAGGAGACCUGCGGAAAGCCAUCACCUUCCUCCAGAGCGCCGCCCGCCUCACCGUUGACAAGGAGAUCUCAGAGCACGCUGUCAUCGAAAUAGCUGGGGUCGUCCCUCCCAAGAUGAUUGACAGCUUGCUUAACGUCUGCUUUAAAGGAACGUUUGAGAAGCUAGAGGUUGCAGUCAGGAAAAUGGUGGAUGAAGGCUACGCAGCCACACAGAUCCUGAGUCAGCUCCAUGAGUCUAUAAUAGAGCAGGACCUGAAUGACAAGCAGAAGUCAGCCAUCACAGAAAAAAUGGCGGUGGUGGAUAAGUGCCUGGCCGACGGUGCAGAUGAGUACUUGCAGAUGUUGAGUCUGUGUUCAGUCAUCAUGCAGCAGGCCUCCCAGAACAACUGAAACUCCACAGCAGCAUCUCCUCUCCAGAGAGAGUACUCCUCCGGCAGGACCAACAGCACUUCACUCACAUUCAGCCGAGUUUGUUCAGUUGAAGGUGGAGAUGUCACUUUGCUGGUGGAAUACCAGUUGAUGUUCGCUGUUAUAGACCAGACCUGUGAAAGGAUUUCCCUCUGUACUCAAUCAGAGAGUCUUCUCCCACUGAGAUGAGCACUUCAUAUGCAACAAACCUCAGUUGGUGUCAAACCACCCAUCAGAAGUCUCUUUCUUCCUUGUCAUUCAUGUAAUCACUGGCCAAUAGAACUUUGUAUACUUAUUUUGCAUUUUGGAAAGUAAUAAAUAGUUGUUUUUUCA